GCACUGUCUCUCGUUAAGCCUUGUAUCAAAACGAAGACUUCGAAUAUUUAUGUGAUGUUGUUUAGCUUUAUUUAAGACACUUGAUCUCCCGUUAAAUAAUCGUGUUAACAAAAUGCAUGUUGUUUUAUAGUGGCUCCUGUCGUAUAGUAGACUAGGUAUCCUCCUACAAAUACCAAAUACAAAGUUUUGAGUUAAAGUGCCUCCAGAAUCUCUGUAGAACCUACUAAAAUAUGUUUUCGAAAAACAAAGUUGUAUGCAGAUAUGGUGGUGGUGAUUAUAAGGGAACAUUGAGUGCGCGGGCGAGCGCGGCCGCGGGCUCUGGUCCGGCAGCGGCGUGCGGCAUGGAGUGCGGCGUGGCGGCGGCCGCGGGCGGGUUUCCCGCGCACGCGCCGCACCCCGCACACCCCGCCAUGUCACCCACCGAACGUUCGCCGGCCAAAACUGGACUUCAUGUCAAUUUCAGUGAUAAGGGCGAGGUGAAAGAACGGCGCGAGAAGUUCCUGACGGCGAAGUAUGGCAGCCACCAGAUGGCGCUGAUUCGUAAGCGGCUAGCAGUCGAGAUGUGGCUGUAUGAUGAACUGCAGAAGUUAUACGAGACCCCUGAGGGGUCGGGUGGUGGCGCGGGGUCGCAGGAGGUGGAGGUCGACAUCGACGAGCUGCUGGACAUGGACAGCGACGACAUCCGCCGCCGACACCUCGUGACAUUGUUAUCGGAUGCCAAAAAACCUCAAAAGGAUGUAAAUAAAUUUAUCAACGAUCUACUAGAAAAAGCGAAAACUCUGUAAGAAAAGUCUGCGUACUCGCGCGAACGUGCGAUGGUCGUGGCGCCGGCGGACUUCGGGCUAUAUUGGGGCGCCGUUUGUGAUAUAUUAUUUCUAGUGGAGCGCCUGAGUGCUUGUGUGGAUCGCGGCGCAGCUCCUUUCUCAUCUAUGCUUCUAUUCACCGCAUCUUGACGACCUGAUCGAAUAUCGAUAAAUGACUGCGUGUAUGUUGCGUCCUAGUUAAAGCAUAUUUAUGCCCGUGGUUGCGACACACGUAGAGAUUAAGGGCUUGGAACUUUCGCGUGUAUUCCGUUCCACAAGAUAUAUCGUACAUCAUUGCAAUAUGUUGCCUAAUGCACAUUUGCAAAUGGUGAAAGACAUAUACGUAUCUAUCGGCAGCGGCGAAUUCAUAUCUUUUCCUUCCAUUUGAAGUACGCUCGAUCAGCUUGAGUUGUCGUGUUUAUCUUUCCACAACUUAUUGGAAACACAAAUCGGUGUUUCACUCUACAUCGAAAGUAUUUGGAAAUAAAUCGGCAAAAUAAAUACUUGGGUUAAAGUAAGUAAGAAGUUAUUCUUCAGCGUUCACCUAACGUAUACUGACAUAUCAUUAAGUUUUCGAACUUAAUAAGCUACAUUUCAUUGUUAACUCAAUCUGGAUGAAAAAUACUCUAAUUACCUAGUUUUCAUUAAGAUCAGAUGCAGAAAGCAAAAACUCGUUCCACGUCGCGCCGCGCGUCAACUGUUAUUGUCCGUAGUCUUCGGUACAGUUUUUAAAACUGUAGUAGUUACUAGCAAAUGACCUCUUUCCAAUGAAAGUAGCUGCGUCCAUGCAGCUGUAUAUGUGUGUGUAGUGUAUAUGGGUUAGUUGGAACCGCAUAAAUACUCGGCCUCUUUCGCACCCACAUUUUUGUUAGGGUGUCGAGAAAUAUUAGUAAGAUACUGUGAACGCUUUAGUCUGCAUAUCUUCCUCUCCUUAAUUGGCCUAUACCUGUCCACUUGUACUUCAUGUCGUAUGCAAAAGAUUAGUUUAAUUUUGUAUUAGUACGUACGUAAUCAAAUAAGUAACUACGGUCGCCAUUAGCUUUGAUUUAUAGGUAAACUCACUGACGUUAUAUUUUAUUGAUCUUUUUCAGCCUAUAAUAUAACCAGUAUAUUGGUUAAGUUUGUUAUUAUGUUGUAGAACGCUUCAAUUUUAGAUUUUUUAGGUGAUAGCCCUCUACUUUUGAGGACAAUAAUAUAGAUAGCAAAUCUAGUACCACAACUACUCACCUUUAUAUCUAUGUAAUAACAUACUUAGUAAGUUGUAGGUACUAAUUAUCCUCAAUAAGAACCUAAAUUAUUUUUGUCAGGACAUUAUUUUGUCCUAAAGAUUAAAUGUAAAACAUGAGUCUCCAUGAAGAAUUACAAAGAUACAAUAUAAAACUGCAUUUAGUUUGUAUGUAAGCCUACAUUUAUAAAUGAAUAUCUUGUAUGUUAAUUUAAACAUGUCAUUUCAGUGUAUCCUACACUACCCCAAUCGCAAUAUGCCUGUGAGUGAACCAAAGCAUAGCAAUAACGAAAUAGGAUUAAUGGCAUAUUAUUUAGGUGCCUAUUAUAUUGUUUGUGUAAUGUUUGCGAUGUAUUAGUAAUUUGUCGAUGUGACAAAGUUAGUUCGCUUGAAGGUUCGCUUAGAUAGUGUUACUUAAUCUCACAGGUUAGAGUUUAGGCUCAAGGUGAAACGUAAUUAAACUUCUUUUUCUCUUACAAUAUUUUAUGUAAGUAAUCGUUCAAAGUCUUUUUAUGAUUUUACAGCGGUACCUAUAUAUUAAAAUAUACUUAUUAGGAAAUUACUUGUGGGUAACAAAUGUUUUACUUUAGAAUGUAUAGCUUUAAACUGGUAUUUAAUUUCAACUAUAUAAAUAAUAACUACUGUGAAGAUUGUUUACGUGUUAGGACGGAGUGUAGCUUUUUUGAGAUUCGAAUGAGUGAGGCAUAUCGAGUGAUGUAAUUUAUAUAGAUUUUAAUGAACUUAUGCCAAUGAGUACUUACAAAUGUGACAUUACCUAAGCGAAUGUACAGAUGACAGCUGCGGAUACUUUUACCCAUGGGAGUAUCAUGUUGUUGUUUGUCCUUUGAGUGGCCUCUAGCCUCGACACGGCGCAUGGCGGCUGCAUUGUGUCACAGUAUUGUAAUGUAGUCAAUGUAAUGCGACAGUCAAGUCGCGCCGGCGCCGAGUGGCACGGCCCUAGUAGGCGCACUGUCCGUUGUUGAAGGCCUUUUUGUAUUAAAUCAUUUUAAUAAUAA